GACUGCGGGGCGGACGGAGAAAGACUGCAGGAGUUUAUCUUGGUUCCGCUGGUGGUUUGAAUGCAAAGAUGUUCCCUGCAGUGCUCACAGUGUUACUGACUUUCUUCAGCCUCGCUGAAAGCAAACAGAAAGACUUUUAUACUUUUAAAGUUGUGAAUAGCAGGGGUAAGCUGGUAUCUCUGGAGAAAUAUCGGGGUUCGGUUUCCCUGGUGGUAAACGUAGCUAGUGAAUGUGGCUUCACUGAGGAACACUACAAUCAACUGCAGCAGCUCCAGCGGGACUUUGGUCCAUAUCACUUCAAUGUGCUAGCCUUCCCCUGUAACCAAUUUGGACAGCAGGAGCCUGGCAGUGACAAGGAGAUUGACAGCUUUGUGCGCAGAGUCUACGGAGUCUCCUUUCCUCUGUUCAGCAAAAUUGCUGUUGUUGGCACUGGAGCCAACAAUGUCUACAAGUACCUUCUUGAGGCAUCUGGAAAGGAGCCUGACUGGAAUUUCUGGAAGUAUCUAAUUGACGUUAACGGCAAAGUGGUGGAUGCAUGGGGACCAAAAGUCUCUGUCAAAGAAAUUCGCCCUAAAAUUGCUGAAAUGGUGCGGCAAAUAAUCUUGAAGAAGAAAGAAGAGCUUUAACACAUUUCGCUUCAAGACUCUACUUAAUGUUAAUACCACAGGGAAACUGGCAGGUUUGAGCAGAAAAUGAGUCACUGCUUUGGUAACAUUACACUAAAGCCAUGGCUUAUUCAUUUGUGUUAAGGAAGUAAAACGAUUUGUGGUAGGUCUUGUUUGUAGCUAUAAAUAAUUUUUUAAAAAGGUGGCGCUACAGGAAAUAGAAGAUCAAAUACACUGGGGAUUGAGGCAAUAUAAGGUGUGAUCAAGCAGCAACCCUCAGGCCAAAGAAAGGUUCCAAACAUUCCUUAAAUAGCUACACGAAGCUGGCUCCAAAAUGCGUCAGUACUUUUGGCUCGCAUGUCUAAAAAUCCUUGCAGUAUUAAAAAGCACACACUGGAAUAAAAAUUGUAUUUGGCCUCUAAUGAUACCUAUGCUAAUUUAAGUCUCACAACCUUCUCUCAGUGUUUGUGGUGUUGGAGUUUAUCCAAAUUGAUCAGCUACAACUGUACUUCUUUACUUGAUCGUCUUAGUAAGAUUCAAAGCUCCCAAAUGUGUUAUGGAAAUUUUCAUCCUUCUGACACCUAAGUUUAAGUGUACUGUAACAGAAAAUUUAAUUUCUCUUGAAUCUGUACUAAAUUUUCCACAAUUUCAUUGUAA